GUAGCUGCACGCAUGCGCAAUACAACUCGUCGCACACCGAGUUCCAGUGCAGACGCUGAUCUGCUAAGAGUGUCGUUUAAUACACACAUUAAACGUCAUAGUUGACCUUUUUUAUUACAACUUUGUUACCGCAGGAAGUGGGACAACAAAGAUGCCUGAGACGGAGAGUUAUUCCAACCCUCUGGCCCCCGAGGGUCACGAUGUGGACGACGGCCGGGCUGCCGCGCAGUCAAAGUUGACAAAUGACGACUUCAGGAAGUUGCUGAUGACGCCACGUGCCACGCCUUCUUCGGCCCCGCCCUCCAAGUCCAGACAUCAUGAAAUGCCAAGGGACUACAAUGAAGAUGAAGAUCCUGCGGCAAGGAGACGGAAGAAGAAGAGCUACUACGCUAAGCUACGCCUGCAGGAAAUGGAACGAGAGAGAGAACUGGCCGAGAAGUAUCGAGAUCGGGCUCGAGAGCGCAGGGACGGCGUCAACAAAGACUACGAAGAGACCGAACUGAUCAGCACCACCGCCAACUACCGAGCCGUCGGACCCUCGGCCGAGGCGGAUAAGUCAGCGGCAGAAAAACGUCGGCAGCUGAUCCAGGAGUCCAAGUUUUUGGGUGGUGACAUGGAGCAUACUCACUUGGUGAAAGGUCUGGACUUUGCCCUGUUGCAGAAGGUGAGAGCAGAAAUCUGCAGCAAAGAGAAGGAAGAAGAAGACAUGAUGGAGAAAGUCCAGAAGGAGGCCAAGAAAGAUGUCGAACCCGAGGAGAAGAUUGAGUUUAAGACUCGUAUCGGUCGGAGUAUCUACCGCAUGGUGUUCCGCUCCGGUCAGAUGGAGAGGAACGAGCUCUUCCUGCCGGGCCGGAUGGCGUACGUGGUGGACCUGGACGACGAGUUCACCGACACCGACAUUCCCACCACGCUCAUCCGCAGCAAGGCCGACUGUCCCAGCAUGGAGGCUCAGACCACCCUGACCACCAACGACAUCGUUAUCUCCAAGCUGACUCAGAUUUUGUCUUACCUCCGGCAAGGAACUCGUCACAAGAAGAUCAAGAAGAAGGACAAAGGUAAAGGAGAUGAAAAAAAAGCUCCAGAGGCUGAUAUCGGCAUCUUUGAUGACAUCGGUGACUAUGUGGCAUCCGCGGCGUCCUUGUCCAAACCUCCAAAAGACAAAGAGAGACACAAAGAGCGAGAGCGAGAGAGAGAGAAAGAGAAAGAGAAAGAGCGGGACAGAGAUGAGGAAAAGAACCGCAGACACACCUACUUUGACAAAGCUCAUGGAGACCAAAACCAGGCGAUGGAGGUGGAGUCAGGUCCAGGAUCAGUCGGAGAUCAGAUCAAGUUGAUCAAUGAAAAGUUUGCUGGAUCAGCAGGCAGCCAAUGGCAGGGCCAGGAUCCUUCCUUGCCUCAGAGGAGAGAUGCUAAAGAACAUUUGGGAGAUUUCUUCGGAGGAUCAAACUCCUACGCUGAAUGUUACCCUGCUACUAUGGAUGACCUGGCAGUGGACAGUGAUGAGGAAGUUGACUACAGUAAGAUGGACCAGGGCAACAAAAAAGGGCCGCUGGGUCGUUGGGACUUUGACACCCAGGAAGAAUAUUCCGACUACAUGAACAACAAGGAAGCGCUGCCCAAGGCGGCGUUCCAGUACGGCAUCAAGAUGUCAGAAGGCCGGAAGACUCGCCGCUUCAAGGAGACCAAUGAGAAGGCGGAGCUCGACCGCCAGUGGAAGAAGAUCAGCGCGAUCAUCGAGAAGAGGAAGAAGAUGGAGGCCGACGGGGUGGACGUGAAACGACCCAAAUACUGAAGCAUCUGCCCAUGGUCAAAGUUUGUAGUUGCCUGUGUGUUUUUUGUUUUUUUUCAAAAGACUGUUUGUGAUAAUAGUUGUGACUUGACAAUUAAAAUAAAGUAUUUUUGGUCAAAUGAAAAUUCUGCCUAGGGCCCCAAUUUAGCAAAGAGUGGCCCUGAUUAGUACAUUAAAUUUACUUAAUGCUUCUGUCUCUCACACACAACUAAGUAUGUAACUAUCCAUAUGUUUUUAUUGUAGCACCUUUAAUCAAAUACAAUGAUUUACACAGAGAAUCACUUAUUAUUACUGCAAGUUGCGUAAAGAACUCAAGUUUUUUGUAUGCUUUAGUUAUUAUAACCUUACCCAGUACGCAAAACGAGGCAUUUAAUUAUAUUUUUUAGGCCAUCUCUACAGUGGUGAGAUCAUCUCUAAGAAGAGAUUUAAAAAUAAAAAAUUCUGAAUAAAAGACAUCACAUGGUAGCCAUUACAAUAACAUGCUUGUUUACUUUGUAAUUCUAUUGUGUUAUUUAUCACUGGGGGUAUGAAGUUAUUCAUCCAGAGUAUACUAACAACACAUAAUUGUUAUUAUGGGAUAACAACAAGGUUGCUUUGUUCUUGAACUGGACGGAAAAGUCCAUGAAGACUUUUGGCUCCACUUACAACUUACUGUUGGGUAUAAAAUAUUUGAUUAUCGCUAUUUUAAUUGUGAAAUGUCUGUAUUAUACUGUUAUUAUAAUAAAAUUUUUUUAGUGUAUAAGAUAUUUGAUCAUCGCUAUUUUAAUAGUUAAAUGUCUGUAUUAUGCUGUUAUGAAAAUAA